AUGGGAUCUGCCGCGCCUGCUGCUGAUCUGGAUGUGGACCCGUUGGACGCGUUCAUGGCGACCAACGCGGAGAAGAUGAAGAAACCGACUCAGUCCAAGGUCGACAGGUUUCAGGACGAGGAGGACGACCCGGAAACAGCAUACAUGCUCGCGUUGGAGAAGAAGAAGGCGGAAGCAGCGAAGGGAUCUGUGAGCGUUGUGAGCGCGAGCAUCGGGAACGAGGACGCGGACUCGGACGAAGAAGGAAGGGGGGAGAGCGCGGAGGGCAGGAAGCUGACUCGGCUGCUCCUUGCAGUGUACGCGACGGCCAGGGCUAUCAGUAACGCCACCAGGACCGUCAUCCCAAGCCUCAAGACUGCGAUGGAGGAGCUGGACGGGUCGGUGGAUCAUUCAAAGAUGGACUACAAACCUUUCGAGAAAUGUUUCUACGAAGAAGACCCUGAGAUCUUUGCCAUGUCGGAGGCGGAGGUCAUCCAGCUUCGCAAGCAGCUCGACGUCCGCAUCUCUGGCGACGACCUUCCCCGUCCUGUCACCAAGUUUGACCACUGCGGGUUCCCUCCAGAGGCGCUUCCCGCUGCUCUUUCUGGCCGCGACAUUCUCGGCAUAGCCAAGACUGGGUCGGGAAAGACAGCUGCAUUCAUCCUUCCGAUGCUGGUCCACAUCCUGGAUCAAGAAUAUCUGCAGGAGAAAGAAGGACCCAUCGGGUGCAUCCUUGCCCCCACCCGCGAGCUCUGCCAGCAGAUUUUUCUCGAAGCGAAGAAAUUCUCCAAAAGCUGCGGAGCGAGCGUGGCGGGAGCUUAUGGAGGAGCGUCAAAGAAUGAACAGAGGCUCGAUCUCCUCAAGGGAGCUGAGAUCGUCGUCGCCACUCCUGGUCGUCUCAUCGACAUGCUCAAGAGCAAGGCUACCAACUGCCAUCGGGUCACGUUCCUCGUGCUGGAUGAAGCAGACAAGAUGCUGGAUAUGGGGUUCGAGCCGCAGGUGAGCUGCGAGGAAGAGGAAGAGGAUGAGGAGGAGGGCGAGGGCGAGGAAAGGGAAGCAGAGAGAUGA